GGUUUCAUUUUUAUACGUCUUGCAUAAUGCUAAAAGAUACCGAAAUCAAGUUAUCACAGCGCAUUUAACAUGUAUCAUGUGAGUAAGAAUUAAUUCCAUUAUGUCAGAAAUUGAAAAAGUUGGUGAAUAAAUUUGUAUGAAAUGGCUUUCAAUGAGGUUGUUAUACUUUCUACGGCUAGAACACCUAUAGGAUCAUUUCAGGGAGCUUUAUCUUCAGUUACUGCUUCACAGCUGGGCAGUACAGCAAUUCAAGGAGCUAUUGAAAGAGCAGGUAUUGAAAAAGAUGCAGUGCAAGAAGUUAUCAUGGGAUGUGUUCUUCAAGCAGGUGUAGGGCAAGCUCCUGCAAAACAAGCAUGCCUUGGUGCAGGUCUCCCACAAUCAACUCCAUGCACAACUGUAAAUAAAGUAUGUGCAUCUGGUUUGAAAUCAAUAAUAUUUGGUUGCCAAAGUCUGAUGCUUGGACAACAGGAUGUUAUUGUUGCUGGUGGGAUGGAGAGUAUGUCUAAUGCUCCUUAUUAUAUGCAAAGAGGUAAAACACCAUAUGGAGGAAUUGAGUUAAAGGAUGCAGUAGUUAAUGAUGGUUUAACUGAUGCAUAUGGAAAUGGGCAUAUGGGCCUGUGUGCAGAAGGAAUAGCACAGAAGUUUGAUUUUUCCAGAGCAGAUCAAGACCAAUGUUGCAUUACGAGUUACAAAAGAUGUAUUCAAGCGGCAGAGGCAGGUCUUCUGGAGAAGGAAAUAGUUCCUGUAAUCAUUCCAGGAAAACGAGGGAAGCCUGAUAUUGUUGUUGAUUCUGACGAAGAGUACAAAAGGGUAGAUUUUGACAAAAUAUCCACUUUAAGACCAGCUUUUACCAAAGAUGGUACAAUUACUGCAGCUAAUGCCAGUUCUCUAGCCGAUGGAGCUGCAGCAUGUGUCCUAACUACUAGAUCUAUGGCUGAAUCUCUUGGUGUGAAACCACUUGCAAGAGUACUAGCUUUCUCAGAUGCUGCUGUUGAUCCUCAGGAUUUCCCUAUUGCUCCAUCUUAUGCCAUUCCAAAGGUACUAAGUAAAGCAAAUGUGGAAAAAAAUGACAUUUCUCUAUGGGAAAUCAAUGAAGCUUUUAGUGUUGUCACUUUAGCAAACAUCAAAAUGCUGAAUUUAGAUCCUGCUAAAGUGAAUAUCCGUGGAGGUGCAGUGAGUUUAGGACAUCCUUUAGGGAUGUCUGCUGCUCGUAUUGUGGGCCGAUUGAUCGAGUGCCUCUCAUCUGGAGAAAAAGGAAUUGCUUCUGCAUGCAAUGGAGGUGGUGGUGCGUCUGCCAUUUUGUUGGAGAAAUUCUAAUUAGAUUAUAUUUGUUACAUUAUAUUUUAUGAAGGGGUUACGUUUUCAUUGGGCAUCAAACUAUUGCUAAAUCUAUUAGAUUAUAUGCAAGAUAUUUUAUGAAUUGGUUAUAUUUUUGUUCAUUGCCAAAUUUUAAUAAAAUUAUUUUGAUACAA